UUUAUUUUAAAUUAAGUUUCAAUUUUCCAUCGAUUCAACGUUCGAGGAUUUUUCGAAACCUUAGCUUCCAGAGAGAGAGAGAGAUAGAGAAGAAAGCAAUCUUGGGCUCUCUUCUUCUAUGAGCUUCACUUCGAUUCCCGCCACUUCGCUGCAACCACAGGAUAUGGCUGGGGUGAAAUCAGAGGAGUGUUGUUUGGAGAAUAAGCAAACUACUGUCGCUUCUUGCUCCUCUGUAUCUGAAGGCAGUGGCAGUGCACUUCGCAAAUCUCCAGGGAUAUGUAGCCCGGCGUCGACAUCAACCUCACAUCGGAGGACCACUGGCCCUAUAAGACGUGCUAAAGGUGGUUGGACUGCAGAGGAGGAUGAGACAUUAAGGAAUGCUGUUGCAGCUUUUAAAGGAAAGAGUUGGAAGAAGAUAGCUGAGUUUUUUCCUGAUAGAUCAGAAGUUCAGUGUCUGCACAGAUGGCAAAAAGUUCUUAAUCCAGAGCUUGUUAAAGGACCAUGGACACAGGAGGAAGACGAUAAAAUUAUUGAUCUGGUGUCAAAAUAUGGGCCUACAAAAUGGUCUUUGAUAGCCAAGUCUUUGCCUGGUCGAAUAGGGAAACAGUGUCGAGAGCGGUGGCACAAUCAUCUUAACCCCGACAUAAAGAAGGAUGCCUGGACUUUGGAGGAGGAAUUGGCCCUGAUGAAUGCUCAUCAGAUAUGGGGGAAUAAAUGGGCUGACAUAGCUAGGUUUCUUCCUGGAAGGACUGAUAAUGCAAUAAAAAACCACUGGAAUAGUUCUUUGAAGAAAAAGUUGGAUUUUUAUUUAACUACUGGAAGACUUCCACCAAUUCCAAAGAACAGCUCGCAAGUUGCUGCCAAAGAUGCAAUUAGACAUUCUGCUACUAAAACAUUGCACAUGCAAGAACAGUUUGCAAGUUGCUCAAAUAAAGAAUUAAAUGCAGCUGUUGAAACAUCGUCUGAAACUACAGCCAUUAGUAAGAUAGAUGACAGUAGCAAGUAUCAGUUUGAGUCCUCAGGAACAAUUAGAGAAGUUGGUGAUUCUUCAAGUGUUCCUGCAAAUGAACCUGCUGAUUCUGACGGUAUAGAAUGCAAGCCUGGACCAUCCAACAUGGAUCAUAGCUAUAGCCACUCAGAACAAGUACCAACUGCUAAUUUUGGAAUUACACAUGAGCAGAAGUUUGAGAAUUCUGGACUAAAUGGAAACUCAACAAGUGAGCAUUGUUUAAACAAUGGCAAGAUGAGCAGUAGCAGGUUAAUCAGGACACCUUCUUCAAAAGAAAGUCUAACCUAUGGUUCUCUAUGUUAUGAGCCACCCCAAUUAGAUGGUUCGGUUCCUUUAGAUUCUCUUUAUUUAAAUAUUGUUUGCCAGCAGAAUGAGUAUUGUUCCAAUCCAAUGUUGUCAUCACCUAUUGGUUUCUUCACUCCACCUCGGGUGAAGGCUAGUGAAUUAUGCACAGAGACACCUGAAUCAAUAUUGAAAAAAGCUGCUAAUACUUUUCCAAAUACUCCUUCCAUAUUGAGGAGAAGAACUAGAGUCCAAACGCACACUACUCCAAGUAAAGUUUUGAAAGUAGACAGUGAUUCACAUACUUCUAAUGAACCCGAUAAAACCAAGAAUAAUUCUGGUUCGGAAGUUGAGACGUUCUCUGAGAGUCCAGAAAGCCAUGGCAAUGGGAGCAACAUUCCCAAUAAUAAGGCAUUCAAUGCAUCUCCGCCAUAUCGGUUAAGAUCGAAGAGAACAGCAGUUGUGAAGUCUGUUGAGAAACAACUUGAGUUUGUGUUUGACAAAGAGAUGAAUGAUGAGAAUAUGAAUACAAUGGAAAAGCCUGUGAAGAGGAGCAAUGUGAGGACUGAAGAUUGUCUGCAUGAAACAAAAUUGCUAGUAACAUAAUGAACAAAUUGGACUAUUGCAAGACUCAUUCUUGAAGCUGGGUGAUUGUUUCAUUAAAUUGUUUGACAGAAGUUAGCUCAUAGUGUAGAAUAAGAAUUGAUAAAUUCCAUUUACUUGUGGAUAUCUAUAUAGCUAGCUGUAUUUUACCAGACUUGUACAGUUUAGGAAAUGUUAAUUUUCUAAAGUUUCAUCAGUGUCGAAGAUUCCUUUAGUACUUACUCUCAAUAAUUUACAGCCUGACGUACAAAUGAGUGUAACCAUUUUAUGCACACUUUACAAUUGAAAUAAUAUUUGACUAUAACCCAAGGGUGCUACAAGUUCAUUAUGGAAA